AUGAGGUUCAUCCCGGCUUUUCUCGCCUGCCUCUCGCUGGCUACUGCAACUAUUCUUGAAAACGGCCAAGCCCGAUUAAACCCUUACCCCGGACAAGCCGUCAAGAUUCCCAAUAUCGCGGAUAACGACCCGACUUGGAAGACAUAUCCGCCUGACGCCCACCAAAUUAGUUACAAGGGAAGAUGGUGUAGCAAGUAUAUAUCGUGGUGGUCGUCACCUGGUAUCAAUUUUAGAUAUGCGGGUGAUGAUGUUGCAAUUACCUUUGGAGAACAUACGUCGAAUGGCGUUUUACUCGCUUGGAGGAUUUCCGGCCAGCCAUGGAAUUUUGCUAAUGUAACUGCCGGCGAUACGUAUCAGUUUAUCAACAAGGAUACCCCUGGACAGAAAACCGCCGUCGAUGGCCAGCAAAAUACCUUCGAAUUCCGUGUUACAAACUGGGCUCUUGGAGUGCAACUGAAGAGAGUCCACGUCACCAAGGGUACACGCAUCUAUGGUAUCCCCGAGUUCCACCGUAAGAUUGAAAUGAUUGGCGAUUCUUUGACUGCUGGUUACACCGCGACCUACGAGGGAAUUAGCAGUUUUGCUUGGGGCUUAUGCGAAGGGUUGGGAAAUGUCGAAUUCACAUUUACUGCAUAUUCUGGAAUUUGUUUGACCGACAAGCUCUGUUGGGGAAAUCCCCGAGGCCAAUUGUAUCAAUGGCUGCAGACCAGUGAUACCGGCUUCAGAGCUCAGCAGAUCUAUGGAACAAACCCGGAGCCUUGGCCGUUUAAUAAGCACCAAAAGGCUGAUAUUGUUGUUAUCAACCUUGGAACCAAUGACUCGAACCAGGGAACCGAGACUGGCCGCGUACCAGAUGCAGAAUUCCAGGCCAACUACAUCAAACUUAUCGCUUCGAUCCAUGAGAAAUACCCACGUGCGCAGGUUAUCGCUAUGCAAAUCUGGCAAGGAUUCUACAGCUACGGAAACACCCACCUUCAAAAUCUUGACGGAUACCAAGCCGGCAUUCUCGCUGCCGUCGACUCUUUCAAGAAGAAGGACGGAGGCAACUUUGUCCACUACUUCAACACUACCGGUAUAUUGCAGCACAACGAUAUCAACCCGCUUUGGCACCCAACCGACACUGGACAUAUCAAGGUUGCUGCUCAUCUAAUGCAAUUUAUCAAACUUAAGUUCAACUGGGAACUUGGAAACACCGGAAAGGAGGUUUACUCUCACACCACCUACUGGAACGAUCUGCCAGAUUACUAA